GCAAUCUCGUAGAAGGUGACUGAACGGUGUAAUUAUUUCUUUCUGAAGAUGGAACAAGUGAACAUGGAAGAUAGAAACAGAGCCCUUUCCUCAAGAGUUUUGAUAGGUUCACGCUAACAAGUCAAGCCUCAACCUGGAAACGAGACAUCAACACGAUGACAAUUUAGGCCAUUUGAUACUUCAUAUGUACUUUUAGAUUUUUGUGUUACUUGCCGACGCUUUGAGUUUUUUUCUGUGUUAGUUCUGUAUCCACUAAGGUCAUUGUCUUUAACGAUGGGUGACGAUACUGUAGAUGGUUCCCAGGUUAUUUCGAUAUUGGCAUUAACUGCAUUUUUGGGGGCGUUUGUCCUAGCCAUUUUGGUUAUCUUUAACAAGAAGAAGUCUUCUGGUGACGAAAAGGAAGAAAAUGGCAAACAGGAAGAUCUAAAAGCUGAAAAGAAUGAAGCUGACAAUGUAAAUACUGGAGGGAAAAAGAGUUCUACUAAAGAAAAGUUCAAGACUAAGUCGAAAGAUGUUGUUCUUUCCCACCCCAUGUUGCUUACUACAUUGAAAGGACACACAGGAAGAGUGACACAUCUGGAGUUUAGCAAAUGUGGAACCUAUCUUGGUUCUUGCUCUGAAGACAGAACAGUCAGGUUGUGGACAGCAAAAGAUUUUGACAAGAAAGAUCACAAGUACGUAAGAGCAAAUGUUGACUUAGAUCAUGCCAAUGCAGUUUCAUUCAGCCCUGAUUCAAGAGCUUUUGUAUCAUCACUUGCGGUGGAUAACACAAUUAGAAUUUUCAAAAUAUCCAAAAAGAAAGAUGGAUUGGCAUCUGUUUCAUCAGAUACAGAAAAUGAUUUUCCAAAGAUUCAUAAGACUGAGAUCAUAGAUGUUGGGAUUUCCUCCACCGGAAAAUUUAUAAUGUCAGCUAGCAAAGACACCACAAUCAUUAUUUGGUCUUUGAAAGGUGAAGUUCUAGCCAAAAUUGACACACUUCUGAUCUAUAAUUCUCAUGCAAGGGUAUCUCCAUCUGGUACAUUGGUUGCAGCAUCAGGAUUUGCAUCGGAUAUCAAAAUGUGGAGUGUUGAGUUUGACAAAGGGAAUGGAAGCUUCAAGCAGGUUUCCCGCGCUUUGGAACUUAAAGGCCACUCAGCCGCAGUGCACUCGUUCUCAUUCUCUGAUGAUUCAAAAAGAGUUGCCUCCAUGUCAAAAGACGGAACUUGGAAAUUAUGGGAUGUUGAUGUCAACUACCAACAAGGCCAAGAAGCUUAUCUGCUCUUCACAGGCUCUUACGCGUCAUAUUUUCCCGAACCUAUCAAACUCGAUGCCGGAUCAAUUUCAAUAUCCCCUGAUGCUUUUACAGUUGCCAUUGCCAACGGAAAGUCUUUUAUUUUGAUUGACACGAUUGCGAAGGACACAUCUGACCUUUUGGAGGAUGUCCAUGGAGAUGAAAUAAACUGCUUAACUUGGAGUCCGGAUUCUCGAAUGUUGAUCUCAUCAGGGUCAUCAGACCGAACAAUCCGCGUCUGGCAUAAUCCAAUCGGGGCAAGAGCUUUUCUUGAUGAUCUCAAACAGAAGUUAUCAAAAGUCAAAUCCGAUUCACACAAGGAACGAAUUGAACAACAAAUUAAAGACACAAAGUUUUAUCUGAAGUCAAUUGGAGAGAGUUGAUGUGGAAAUCAAAAUCAGUCAGAAUUCUGCUUAAGAAGAACUUUAAUAAUUGGACUGUUGUCAAAAAUGUGAGCCAUGCUUUUCUAGAUUUAGUAUUCUAAUGAGAAAUUCUAAACUUUCAUAUCAACAAAGCCUUUAGACAUUUUAUUAAAGUUUAUAACUCACAUAUAACUCAAA